CGACCGCCGGGAAACUCAAGAAUGAGAAGAGUAGGAAGUAAAACAUCAACACUGAUGUUUGAACCACGUUAGAAGAUGGAAGAAUCAGAGUUUGAUAAUAUUUUAGAUGACUGGUUCAUCGAGUCUCUGAAAACGUACAAAGAUCUGCACGUUUAUCAGCUGGAACAUCCCACACGGGUCAUUGAGUGGACAUCAGGGAAGACUGUGUGUGUCGCGGGCUACGCUCCAUCUAAAAAUGAGAUUCUGGAGCUGCUUUUACCUCUGAAGCUGUUGGCUGAUGAAAAUAAGGUAACACAACGGCUCAUUUUCAGCUCCACGUCCGCUGGUAAAUGUCACUACAAGCUUCUGCUGUUUGUGUGGUGUGUUCAGGGUCUCUGUGCAGAGCGGGAUUUCAAAGUUGCCCAUGGCGGUUUCACAGAUGAUCCUGUUCGUUGCCUCAAACACAUCCCAGGAUCGAGGCAUGUUGUUACUAAUGAUGGGAGAAGCUCAGACCUGCAGGUGUGGGACCUCGGAGGAGACGACAGUGGUGAGUUUUAUCAAGAUCAUCAUAGGUUUGAAACUAAGGAGACUCACCAGAAUAGACUGGAUGUGAUCAGGAGAACAGGAAGUAUUGAGGGGAAGAGGACUGUGUCAGAGAGUGGCAGCAGGAUCGCAGCUCGCCUCUCGCCACAACCUGAAGUUCUUCAUGGCGCUCAGAGCAGCAACGUCCAUCUGACUGAGCUGACAUCAGGAAGGACUCUGUUCACGCUCGAGACGGACUCAGCACAUCCUCUAAUGUCCUUACAGUUUGUGAGUGACAGCGUCUUCCUCACUGGCUGCUGUAAUGGGAGCGUUUACGUCGCUGACACUCGUUCAUCAGCGGCUCCUCAGCUUUCCCCUGCUCCAGCGUCCUCAGCUCCAUCUGACCUCUGGUGGACGGACGCCUCCGCAGGUCUUCUGUCAUGCAGGAUUGUCAGACUCUCCUCGUCUGGUCGGGCGGUGGUCUCAGACCUGAGGAAGCUGGGCGGAGCUGUUAGUCAGGCUCAGCUGGAUGUCCAAUCACGCCAGUAUGGCCUGGAUGAUGUCACAGUGUCAUGGGCUCCAGUGCUGGACGACUGUAUCGCAGUUUCAGGUUUCAGCGGGGUCGUUCAGAUCUUCAACACUUCUUCCUGGAGGUCGGAGGUGCAGGACGCUCUGCCGCUCUUUGAGCAUCGUGGUCACACGGUUUCCUCUCAGGCUGAAGAUGGCGCCCCUGUUGUUGUCACCUCCCACACCUGGCAUCCUGAGCGUCCCAGGACGCUGCUGUCUGCAGCCUCAGAUGGUUCUGUGCAUGUGUGGGACUGGGUCGACCAAUCAGUAGCCAGCAGAUGACGGCCUGUUUCACCUGAGUAGAUGAGAAUGAAAGAGCCAGGUGUUUCCUAAGAGGUUUAAUGGGCCCAUGUGACUCGUGAUAAUGACCUGUGAACAUAAAAACAAAAAAUAGUUAGCUUAGUUUUGAUGUAAAUUUAAUGAAGUCUGCUCUUGUAUUGCUUUCAAAUAUAUCUGACAAUAUCAUGCCAAUAAUGUUAAACAUUCGUUGUUUACUCAUGAACCAGACUGGACAUCUGUGCAAAAUUUAAUGAAAAUCUGUCACAGGUUUCCUAAGAUAUCACAUUCACUAGAAAAGCUUAGUUGGAUGUAAAGGACGACCCAAACCCAAACGCCUCUGGCUCUCACUGUUACCAACAUGGAGGAUAAAAAAAUCAACUUUGAGGACUUACACCAAAGUUUACUUUCUUGCAUCGAUGUGCACUGGACAGAAAAGUGACCGGAUGUUUAAUUCAACGAAGAAAACUCAGGAAUGGAAGAAAUUAGAAGUUAAUUUCACACUUGCUGGUUCCUUCCUCGCUACCUGAGCCAAUAAUUAGACUCUCCUCAAUCACCAGAAUCUCUAAAUACUAAACUUCAGCUCUGCCUCAAGGGAACUCCAGUUUUCUAUGAAGGUUUACUGUUUGCUGUGAUUGUGUGCUUUAGCUCAGACUGAGUAAAUUGCCUUCAUUCACUUACUGCUGUUAAAUUUCACACACCCCUGCAGACACAAACCACCCAUUUAACUCUCCAGCUUUUGCCAUUUAUUUUCAACGUUUUGACUCAUUGGUUUCAGGUUGAAUCCCCAAACUAUUUUUUUAAUCCUGAUGGUAAACCUCCAGCAGAGGAAAUGCUGUUUUUAAAAGUUAAAGAAUAAAAUAAGAAAACUUAGAUGAA